AUGCCUGUGGCUCGAUUUUUAACUAAUCCGUCAAUAACGGAACUUCGUUAUAAACAUCUUCGCUUCUUAAUUACUGAUAGUCCAGCCAAUGAAAAUAUUCAAUCUUUUAUCGAAACUUGCUUAAAAUAUGAUGUUACAACCUUAGUUCGUGUCUCAGAAAAAACUUAUGAUGCAAAGCCAAUUGAAGCAGCUGGAAUUAAAGUUCAUAAUCUUGAAUAUCCCGAUGGCAGUGCACCUGAUUCCAUUGUCCGUAAUAAAUGGUUGAAUAUUGUCAAAGAAAAUAAAAAUGGUUGUAUUGCUGUGCACUGUGUUCAUGGACUUGGACGAUCACCUGUUCUUGUUGCAAUGGCCUUACGUGAAGCGGGUAUGGCGCGCCAAGAAUCAAUUGACUUUGUUCGCUCACACCGCCGCGGUUCAUUCAAUGUUCGACAAUUAGAAUUUCUUCAAAAUUAUCAAUCAGGCCACCGUCUAGUAAACAAGCAUGUUGGGUGUCUUAUCAUGUAA